CCUGAGAGAGUAGUAGGCUACACGCUUCCCAGGAUACGGCACAACAUCUUGUGUAAACUGUACAUUGGUGAGUGCCAUAACUAGAGUAGGGGCUGCCUCUUCGCUGACAACAUUACUCCCAUUACAACAGCAUUCGAAGGUACGCGUUUUGUCGGUAGAGUAAGUGACUUUUAGGGCGCACAAUGGCUGAGAAGAUAGACAUGGACUCGGGGAAGACAGCCAACGGCGAGACACUGCCGGUGGCCAACGGAGUCCCCGGCUGCAAGAAGACGAGCCGAGAGCCGGUGUCCCAGUGGCUGAAGAGGACGGUGAUGGCCAACCUGCUGGUGAUUCUCACCGUUCUGGGGGUCAUCAUCGGUGUUAUUAUCGGACUUGGUGUGCGCAAUGUGGCUCUGACCAGGACCCAGAUUAUCUACAUCGGCUUCCCCGGGGAGCUGCUCAUCCGGCUCCUGAAAAUGAUCAUCAUUCCCCUGGUUGUGUGCAGUCUGGUGUCAGGCGCGGCCAGCAUCGACCCCAAAGCCCUCGGCAGACUCGGCGGCUGGGCGAUGCUCUUUUUCCUGGUCACCACCUUGAUUGCCUCGGCCAUCGGGGUCGUGAUGGCUUUCCUCAUAAACCCAGGGGUAGUCACAGGCACCAAGCCCCAACUAGCAGGCUUGGAUGACGACCUCCCCCAGCCUAAAGAAGUGAUCGAUUCCUUCUUGGAUUUGAUCAGAAACAUCUUUCCCUCCAAUCUGGUUUCUGCUGCAUUCCAGUCAUAUGCUACCAGCUACAAGCUGAUCACCAGGAAUGGUACGGAUGGAAACCUCAGCAUCACAGUGGAGAAGGUGCCCUUUGGUACAGACCAGGAUGGUAUGAAUAUUCUGGGUCUGGUGGUGUUUGCCAUUGUGUUUGGUGUGGCUCUGAGGAAGCUGGGAGAGGAAGGAGAAAUCCUUAUGAAGUUCUUCAACUCCUUCAAUGAGGCCACCAUGGUGCUGGUCUCGUGGAUCAUGUGGUAUGCCCCGCUGGGUAUCAUGUUCCUGGUGGCUGGAAAGAUUGUUGAGAUGGAGGACGUUGGCAUGCUGUUUGCCAGCUUGGGAAAAUACAUAGCUUGCUGUAUCAUUGGACAUGCUAUCCAUGGCAUUUUAGUGUUGCCCGCCAUUUAUUUUAUCUUUACUAGAAAGAACCCGUACACCUUCCUGUGGGGGAUAUUCACUGCCCUGGCAACUGCCUUUGGAACGUGCUCCAGCUCUGCCACCCUGCCUCUGAUGAUGAAGUGUGUGGAGGAGAAGAACGGCGUGUCCAAGCACAUCAGUCGCUUCAUCCUGCCCAUCGGAGCCACAGUCAACAUGGACGGAGCCGCUCUCUUCCAGUGUGUGGCCGCUGUUUUCAUCGCCCAGCUCAACGACAUCCCUCUCAACUUCAUUCAGGUCUUCACCAUCCUAGUGACAGCCACAGCGUCCAGUGUGGGAGCAGCGGGUAUUCCUGCAGGCGGUGUGCUCACUCUUGCUAUUAUCCUAGAAGCAGUAGGACUCCCCACCAAUGACAUUUCUCUCAUCCUGGCGGUCGACUGGCUCGUUGACCGUACCUGCACCGUGUUGAAUGUGGAGGGUGAUGCCUUUGGAGCUGGCCUCUUGCAGUUCUUGGUGGACCGCAGUUCAAAAUCAGAGCAAGGGGCAGAGCUGUGCGAGGUCACGCUGGGUGAGGAACCGGGCGCCGCUGCACCUGAGCGCUCGCCACUCAUGGGAAAACGGGAUGCAGCCCAGUCUGAAAAGGAGUCUGCGAUGUAAACAAGAUAGUGACAGCAUCAGUUACCCCUUUGUUUGUUUGCUAUGCCAGGCUGAAGCCCCUUUCUGUUUUCACUCCAUCCUGUCCUGAAGUAACAUGAAAGGAGAGAGAGGCCCAGACAGACUGCCAUUCAAAGACAAGACCUUGAGUCAAGUGGAAUGGAAAGAGAACAGGAUGAAAUUAAAAAAGAUGUGCACAGACUUUUCUUUUUGUAGAGGGGCAGCAUUUUUAGAAUCUCUGAAAUCAUUUAAAGAACCGUAGCGUUUUUAUUUUUACUUCUUGUCAACAGUCGUGAUCAUAUCUGACCGUCACAAAAUAUUCGUUGUAAUAGUAUGUACACAAUAUGCUUUAGCUGCUUAUAAGUUAAAACUGUCUUACCCACAUUCAAUCCCAUUCAUGUUGGAAAAAAAAAAUAGGAAAAGCUGCUCUGUGAAACUUGAAGGUUGCUCUGUAACCUUAAGUCCAUACUGGGAACACUUGAUUGUAUGUUCACUAACAUGUCUGUUGUAUAUUCCCUUAAAGUUCACGUUAACACUAACUUUCUCACAUAGCAGUCUUAUAUUUUUUUUUAACCUGCAUAGAAGUGAAUGAGGGUAAGUGUGGGGGUACUGUUAUUUGUGAUGGACAGAUAACGACCACUAUUGUUAAUUAGAAGUCAAAAUAGGAUGCUUCGGUUACUCAAUUAUUUCAUUGUUUCAGCAUCUUGCCACUCAGAAGAAUAGACCUUUUUCUAUGUGUCAAACUUUUUUUCCCCAAGUUUUCAGGCACGAGGGUUUUUAUCAGUUUCUUGCUCUGUAUUGUCUCUGUGAUUGCACCAUGCCAAUGUUGCAGUUGUAUACCUUGUCUCGCCUUAUGGUACGAAAAGAUGAUGGACGAGUUCACAAGAUCAUAUUUAGACGGUUCAACACACCAAAUGAAAUAAUUUCCUCACCGAUGUCAAACAGCUGAAUGAGGGACCUCUUUUUUUUUCUCAAGGUUUCGAAAUAUAACACACAUGCACACAAACAGAUUUACCUCCAAGCGCUUCUGCCUCUCCAGAUGGACCUCGGUGCUGUGGCAGGCUGCAGAACCUCAGGUUUAAGUGUUACUUGAAGGCUGUCUUUCAUCUGCUCCUUGACCCUCUGAGACCAAAACCCACAGACCCGGCAACCCAGCAAACAAGGAGAGAUUUAACUCGAAAUGAUACCCAGUUGAGUGUCAAUUUCAACGAGAUGUGCACAAUUACCUUCAGCCCACUUUUUUACCCAAAGUUCUCACUCUGUUUAGGGCCUUGCUUACCGUAAUUUGGAGAAAAGUGUGGAUGGAUAUCAGUGCAUUGUCAAAGUUGUGGCGGUUGACUGUGGAUAUGCUAUGACUCCUGAGGACUUGGGUGAAAGGUUAAGCUUAUCACAACCUAAGAUAUACAGUGCAUAUUUAUGUUUUGGCUGUUUUUAAAUAGCCACAUCAGACAACUUGUUUUAUCGGCUAUAUGCCUUUUUGUAGAAUAUUUUUAUUGUCUUGCCUCUAAUUAUUUGAUAUGUUUGAUAUUUAUUUCUGUAAUCGAACAAUCCAAAACAGAUACUGGCCGAUGGUUUGACUUGAGAAAACCCUGACAUCACCUCUACAAGUGUAGUGAGGGUCGUUUUUUCUUGUUUUUGUAUCCCCAAUUUGGCAUCAUAUUUGGCAUCCAAUUUUUUUGUUAAACUAUUUCAUGUUGUAGUCACUGGUUAGUGAUGGUUUGUGUAUCUGUUGACCUUUUAUAAACUGGCAAUUUGUGUGUGUGUACAUUGUGUGUACAUCACAUUCUUAUAUCUUGAGAGAAGUCGCUUCUCUCAACGUGUCAGUAUGGUCCGCAUUUGAGAACUGAAGAAUGUGUGUUGUAGAUGUGAUGAGAUGAGGUGAUUGAAUAUAUUUUCUAAUUCAGAAUUCUCAUGUGACUCUAAAAGUUGCACUACUGCAAGUUUAUUUGAUGUCAGUGCUUCGACCAUUCAUUGUUAAUUGUUUAAAGGUAUAACAAAUGGCGUAGGCAUAUGCAUUUUACACAAAAUACAAAAUGUAUCAGUUAAAUCUUUCACUGACUUACAGAGGACACUAUUUUUAUGAGUUUUACUUUUCUCUGUGCUGUUUUAAAUUUCCUGUUUGUCCAUGAACCAAUUGCAGUCCUGAAAUCUCAUUUCUAUAGUCUUAUAGGAAUGUGGGAGGAGCCUUGCCUCACAGCAACCAUUAAUAUGCAAUUUCCCCCCCUCUUACAUGUUUUAUAUUUGUUCUGUAAGGUUCUAAAAAUAGUUAUCAUUCCAAAGAGCCUUAGAUCUUUAAUGUGUGUCUGAUCAGAGAGUGGCAUUGGCGUCAAGGGUACAUAUUGAAACAUUUUCCUGUUACAAGGUAUCUUCUUUAGGUUUAAAUAAUAAAGGCUAUUUUUAAUUUGUA